CCUCUGCGCGGAACGGCUGGCAGAGCUCCUUGGGCUUGGGGAUGAGGGAGCCCCAGCGAAUGUGAACAUGGACCCUGUCGCUGGAGACCUUUUCAGGAUGAUCUUUCUUUUGUCUGCUCAGCCCUGGAGCACAGUAGUAGCAGGGAAUAUGUAUACAUGUGAUGCUCCGUUGGCAUCUGCCCUGCCCCGGGAGUCAUUCAGCAGCUCCUCUGAGCUAUCUCCUAGCCACGGCCCAGGAUAUGCAAGUCUUAAUCGCAGGGACGGAGCUGGUGGCUGGACCCCCCUUGUGUCAAAUAAAUACCAGUGGCUGCAGAUUGACCUUGGAGAGAGAAUGGAGGUCACAGCUGUGGCUACCCAGGGAGGAUAUGGGAGCUCUGACUGGGUGACCAGCUAUCUCCUGAUGUUCAGUGAUGGCGGGAGGAACUGGAAGCAAUAUCGACGAGAAGAAAGCAUCUGGGGUUUUCCAGGAAACACAAAUGCAGACAGUGUUGUGCACUACAGACUCCAGCCUCCUUUCGAAGCCAGGUUCCUGCGGUUCCUCCCCUUAGCCUGGAGCCCUAAGGGCAGGAUUGGCAUGAGGAUUGAAGUGUACGGAUGUGCCUACAGAUCUGAGAUGGUUAAUUUUGAUGGGAAAAGUUUCUUGGUCUACACAUUUAAUCAGAAAACCACUACAAGUCCAACAAAAGAUGUUAUUUCUUUGAAAUUUAAAACCAGACAGAAUGAUGGGAUUCUGCUCCACAGACAAGGACAGAAUGGAAAACACAUGACCCUGGAGUUAGUUAAAGGAAAACUCAUCUUAUUCCUUAAUUCAGGCAAUGCCAACCCACCCUCCACUGAGGCCCACGUAAAUCUCACUCUGGGCAGCCUGCUGGAUGACCAGCACUGGCAUUCCAUCCUAAUUGAGCUCCUCAACACACAAGUCAACUUCACCGUGGACAGACACACCCAUCAUUUACAGAAGGGCGAGUCCAGCUAUUUGGAUCUUGAUAAUGAGAUCAGCUUUGGAGGGAUUCCUGGUGAUAGAAAAUCAGUGGUGUUCCCACACAAAAACUUUUAUGGUUGUCUUGAAAAUAUCUAUUUCAAUGGAGUGGAUAUUAUUGAUUUGGCCAAGAAACACAAAUCACAGAUCCUCAUCAUGGGAAAUGUUUCCUUCUUCUGUUCACACCCUCAAACUGUCCCUGUGACUUUCCUAAGCUCCAAGAGUUACUUGGCUUUGCCAGGCACAUCGAAGAAGGACAAACUGUCCAUUGCUUUCCAGUUUCGAACUUGGAACAGAGUGGGUCUUUUGCUGACCAGUUGGCUUCAACACAGGUCCAUGACUCUCAGCCUUAUUCUACAUGAUGGAAAACUCAAGCUGAGUCUCUCCCAGCCUGAACAUCCAGUGAGAGAUGUCACAGUAGGUGCUUCACUAAAUGAUGGACAGUGGCAUUCUGUGUCCUUGUUCAUUAGAGGAAUUCACCUGACUGUGAUAGUGGACGGUGAUGCAGCGUCCCUGACUCAUUCCCUGCAAGGGCAGAUUGAUUUGGAUGCCAUCUAUUAUGUGGGGGGCUGCCCUGACAGUGACUCAAGCUGUGGAAAUCCUCUGGGGGCACUUCAGGGCUGUCUGAGGCUCAUCUCCUUUGAUAACAAGACAGUGGAUCCCAUUUCGGUGCAACAGGGGCAACUAGGGAGUUUCCGUGACCUCCAGAUAGACACUUGUGGCCUCAUGGACCGGUGCUUGCCGAGUUAUUGUGAACAUGGUGGUGAAUGUUCCCAGUCCUGGGACACCUUCUCCUGUGACUGUACUCACACUGGUUACACGGGUGCAACCUGCCAUUCCUCCCUUUACGAGCAGUCCUGCGAAGCCUACAAGCACAGGGCCAACUCUUCAGGGCUCUACUAUAUCGACGCCGAUGGAAGCGGACCUCUUGGGCCAGCUCUUGUAUAUUGCAAUAUGACAGACACUGCAUGGACCUCAGUGCAGCAUGAUGGCUCCCACAUGGCCAAGGUCAAAAGCGCCAAUGGCAAAAGUCCUCGUCCUGUGUUUUUCAAGUACAAUGCCAGCAUGGACCAGCUCCAAGCCAUAACUGACCGUGCGGAUCACUGCCAUCAGGAGCUGGCUUUCCACUGCAAGAAGUCACGGCUUUCAACUCGCCACAAUGGAACCCCAGUGAGCUGGUGGGUUGGAAGAACCAAUGAAACACACACUUACUGGGGAGGCUCUCUGCCUGAUGCUCAAAAAUGUACUUGUGGAUUAGAAGGGAACUGCAUUGAUUCUCAAUAUUACUGCAACUGUGAUGCUGACCGGAAUGAAUGGGCUAGCAACACAGUAGUGCUUUCCCAUAAGGAGCAUUUGCCGGUCACUCAGAUUGUGACAACAGACACAGGCCGACCACAUGCUGAAGCAAUGUACACUCUGGGGCCUCUGCUUUGCCAGGGAGACAAUUUAUUUUGGAAUUCAGCUUCCUUCAAUACCGAAACUUCAUACCUUCAUUUUCCAACGUUCCAUGGAGAGCUUAGUGCUGAUGUAUCCUUCUUUUUUAAGACAACUGCACCUUCUGGGGUGUUUGUAGAGAAUCUGGGGAUCACAGACUUCAUCAGACUGGAAUUGCACUCUCCCUCCCAGGUGACCUUCUCCUUUGACGUGGGGAAUGGACCUUGUGAGGUCACGGUGCAGUCCCCCACUCCCUUUAACGACAAUCAGUGGCACCAUGUGAGGGCAGAGCGGAACAUUAAGGAAGCAUCUCUUCAAGUGGAUCAGCUCCCUGUAAAGACCCAAAGGGCCCCUGCUGACGGGCACGCUCGCUUGCAGCUCAACAGCCAGCUCUUUGUGGGUGGCACCGCAACCAGACAGAGAGGUUUCCUGGGGUGCAUUCGGUCCCUACAGUUGAAUGGGUUGGCCCUGGACCUGGAAGAAAGAGCAACGAUGACACCGGGAGUGGAACCAGGUUGCCCGGGACAUUGCCGCAGCUAUGGCCACCUGUGCCGCAACGGCGGGCAAUGCAGAGAGAAGAACAGGGGGUUUUCCUGUGACUGCGCCUUCUCCGCCUACGACGGGCCCUUCUGCACAGAGGAAAUUUCUGCAUAUUUUGGAACUGGCUCAUCAGUUAUCUACAAUUUUCAAGAACAUUAUAAUCACACCUUGAGUAAGAACUCCAGCUCCUUGGCAGCUUUAUUUCAUGAGAAUCUGACACUGACCAGAGAAAUCACCACACUGAGUUUCCGAACCGCAGGAGCUCCCAGUUUACUGCUGUAUGUAAGCUCCUUCUCUGAGGAAUAUCUCUCUGUUAUCCUUGCCCCCAAUGGAAGCUUACAGAUCAGGUAUAAGCUGGACAGACACCAAGAGCCUGAUGUGUGUAACCUUGGUUUUAAAAACAUGGCUGAUGGGCAGCUUCACCAGGUGAAGAUUAGCAGAGAAGCAGCGAUGGUAGAUGUGGAGGUUAACCAGAAUGCAAGAACACAAAUCAUCUUGUCAUCAGGGAUGGAAUUCAAUGCUGUCAAAACCCUUACUUUGGGAACGAUUUUAGAGUCUUCCAGCACAGACCCCGACACGCGGUUGGCGGGUGCACAUGGCUUCACCGGCUGCCUGUCGGCGGUGCGCUUUGGUCCCGCUGCUCCACUAAAGGCGGUGCUGCGCCCUGAAGGUCCAGGCGGGAUCACAGUCCUUGGACACGUGGCCUCAUCUCCUGGCUGUGCGGAGGGGGCGGGGCCUGGUGCCCCUGCGCGAGAGGCUACCAGGCCGCUGGCAGGUGGUUCAGGUCGUUCUGGACCCACAGAUGAGGGACAGCCCUUAGUUAACGCGAACAGAAGUGAUUCUGCAGUAAUCGGAGGUAUUAUAGCAGUUGGGAUAUUUAUCUUGCUCUGCUUCACUGCCAUAGCUGUACGCAUUUAUCAACAGAGAUGGUUAUACAAAAAAAAUGAGUCACAUAUCCCCCAAAAUGCAGACAAUGCUGAGAUUUCUCUGAAAAGUGAGCUUAACCAGCAAAGUACACUCAGUGAAAGCCAGAAAGAGUAUUUCUUCUGAUGGGCUGCUGUGGAGUACUUGGUAUGAGGAGGGGACUUUCUUGCCCUGGAGGGCCAUCUCUUGACCCCAGGACAGGUGAGGGUGUAAGUGCCCCAAGCCGGAUUGUGACCAGCAUCAGACGCAGUCCCUGGGAGGCUCUGCUCAGUGCCCCUUUCUCUGUAGGACCGAGUCUUCAACGUGCUCAUGAAUCACUGCUUAGAGUUUCUCACUGAUCUCUUAAAAUUGAAAUAUAUUUUGCAUAAUGACUUCGUUUUAAAUGAGACCAAGAAUUUGCGCUGUAGCCCUAUGCUUAAAAAAUGUAACACAGAAGUUUAUGAAAGUCAAAGUUGGACUCUCAUGCUUGAGUUACUGGAAGUCUAAGCUGUGGUCUGUUAUCAGCUCCCAGCUGACAUUUGUGACCCAGGAUGUGCUUCUCUGAAGUCUCCACAGCGUUUUCCCUCUUCCUGUGUACCAGAGCCCAAUUACCAAAAAUACAUCAGAAACCUGGAAAAAAUGCUUUUUUAAAAAAAAAGUAUUUGUCUCUUUUAAAGCAAUUUGGAUACAUUUUCGUAAUGAACUAAGUAUUGAGUGUCAGCUAUGAAAUUCUAGUAUUAAGGUCAGUUAUGGAAUAGAAAAUUCAUAGGUAGCAAAAUGUGUAAAGAAUUCCAAUCUAUAGUAACUUGCUCUUUUGUCUUUGUUAUUUGUCAUUUCAGUCUUUGUAAACUAUAAUAAUGAUAGCCUGUGAUUCACAAAAUUGUACAUUUUCUAACUAAUACUUGUGCCCCCAGAUAUGAACUUUAUGCUUAGCACUGCAAAUGUGUCCUUUAUCCUUUUCAUCUGAAUGAAAUAUAAUCCUAUUUUUUUCCUUUAUAUAUGGGUUAUCAAUUCACUCUUCUCUGUAGUCCUAUGACUUUUUUUAUUAUUAUUUUUUAGGGGAAAAAUUACAUUUUCAAUAGAAGUUCUCCAUUCCCCCUUUGAAAUUUUGAACCGAUUUAGGCAAAACAUUCCCUAAAUUAUCACUUAUUUUAAUCACUAUUAGGAAUAUCCUUGGGUGGGGGGAAGAAGCAUGGAUAAAGGAUUCUUAAACUUGGGAAAAUACAGGUUCUAUAAUCUGAAUUUAGUUUGUAAUUUGAGUCAAGAGUCUAGGACCUUGGAAUCCAUUUCCUAUAGAGUACCAUAUAUCAACCAGUUCACUUUAUAUUGCAUAUAUAUUUGCAUAUUAGGAGAGCAAAGAACUCAUAUUAACUGUGAGAAUUGUUCUAGUUAACUACUUUUGUGCUUAUCAUUAGAUAAUUGCACGGAGCCAUCAUUUGUAUUCAAUAUCCAACUACUUUUAAAACUGUAAUGCACAUUCCAUAUCCCACUUGCCACAUGUUAAUUAGAUUACAUACUAGGACCAUAAAAGGACCAGUUGGGACUAUACAUUUAGCCUUGGAGUGCACACCUACUUUUCUGUGUCUUUUUUAAAGAAUGAAAAAGAGUUCCCCUCUAUUGUCUUUUCUCCAAAGAACUUUUUCUUACAGUUUCAUAUGAGUUUUCUACACAGUGUAACAUAUUCCCAGCAAUGUAGUGGCUUACUACAACGCAUGUGUAUUAGCUCACAGUUUCUGUGGGCCAGGAGCUGGGCCUGGUUUCACUGGAUCUUUUACAAGGCAGCCUCCAAGUGUCAACCAGAGCUGUAUUCUCAUCUGGAGCCUCAGCUAGGAAUGACUUUUCUUCCCACUCAUAUGGUGAUCGACACAUUCAGUUUCAUGCUAGCGGUUUUAUGAAAGUUUGCUUCUUCAAAACUAGCAAAGAAGAGAGGGGCUUUAGAGUAAAUCUGCUAGGAAAAAUCUUAUAAAAUCUUAUGUGAACAGAAAGUGACACCCAUUGCCUCUCUGUAUUCUGUUGCUUAGAAGCAAGUCAUAGGUCCUGCCCACAUUCAAAGAACCCAGACUCUUGUUGGGAUCAUGGGAACCUUUGUUGAGAUUACAGAAACCUUAAGAGUCAUCUACCCCAACAUUUUAUAUAUGUUGAUGUUUAUCUAAAUGAAUAGUGAAGAUGUUUGGGUUCUCAAUAUACUAAUACAUAAAAAAACUUACCUUGGUGAAUAAGAUACAUACAUUUUCACCAAAGGCUUACACAGACAGGAGAAGGAUUCAACAGGAAAAUAUGGUUUCUAUUUAAUGUAUAUUUGAGUGUAAACUUAAAACUACUGCAACUUUAACCAGUGAUCAUCUUAUGUUCCAAAAGAACUCAUCACUUUGGUUACUGGAAUUUUACAUAUUUAUAGAUGUGAAAUUCACUGCAUUUUGCUCCCUUCUCUAAAGAGAAGAGGAAAUAUUUACACCAAAUUGAAGUGAUGCGUUAUUCACUUUCUUUUACUGAUAUGUAAAUUUUCCUG